AUGGUAAUGGUGCCAAUGUCAGUAGUUGGACAACCAUCACUGGACACUCAGGAGCAAGGAAAAACUGAAGGAACUAAAAAAGUGGUCAUUGAUGUGGAUGAGAAGGAAACUAAAAAAACUCAGAGAAAGGAGUUGGCACCAAGGUUUGAGAUGUGGCAACAUUUUAUCAAGAUCAAGGACGACAAAGGACUUUUGAAGGCUGGAAGGUGCAAAUAUUGCCACCGUGACAUCAAGGCUGACACAAGGGGACAUGGAACAUCUGCAUUGAAGAAACACUUUGGUACAUGCAAACGCAAUCCUCAUGUUUUCAACAAGGACCCAAAGCAAGGCACCUUGCAAGUAUGUUGGGGGAAGCCCCUACCACUUGGAGUGGAUAAUGCAAGUGCCAAUGACAGUGGUGUUGAUUACUUGAGGAGGCAGCUGCAGAAAACCAACAUUGGCAAGGGCAAGUUUUUGCAUAUGAGGUGUGCAGCCCACAUUGUGAAUCUUAUUGUAAGAGAUGGAUUGCAAGAAGUGGAUCUCUCUAUUAAGCGUGUUAGGGCUGCUGUUAGAUAUAUAAAAAAUGGGACUUCAAGAUUGGUCAAGUUUAAAGAAAUUGCUGAGGAAGAGAAAGUGGACAGCAAAGCAUUUUUGAAACUUGAUGUUCCGACAAGGUGGAAUUACACAUAUUUGAUGUUGAAGGCUGCAAUUGUGUAUGAGAAAGUGUUCUUAAAGUUGGCUAAAGAUGACACUAAUUAUGUUAUUGAUCUGUCUGAAGCAAGGGAUGGUUUUGGGCAUCCUGAUGAAGAUGAUUGGGACAAUGCAAAGAAGAUGGCACAAUUUCUACAGCAUUUCCAUGACCUUACUAUUCGUAUCUCUUCUUCUCUCCAAGUCACUUGCAACACUUUCUUUCAUGAGAUUGGAGAAGUCCAUCUAUUGAUUCAAGAAUGGCUGAACAGUGAAGAUAAUUUGCAUGUAUCAAUGGGGAUGAGAAUGAAAGAGAAAUUUGAUAAAUACUGGGGACUUUGGCACACCAACAGCAAGGACAAUGACAGGUAG